CUUCCCCUCGCUCUGUGCCCGCCCGGGAACGCUACCGCCCGGAACUAGAGGGAAGGGCUCCUGUUUCCGGGCGGGGCCGAGCUGCGCCGGACUGUUCCUCGCCGCAGAGGGCACCAUGGCCGCUCGGCUGCUGCUGCCGGCGGCGCGGCGGCUGGUGGCCGGGACUCGGCCCGGGCGGGCCGCGCUCAGUACCGCGCCCAACCCCAACAAGAAGCGGUGGCUUCGCGCCUACCUGGAGCAGCAGCGCCUGCAGGAGCAGCCGCGGCGGCGGUCAGAGAAACCAAACUGGGAUUACCAUGCCGAGAUACAAGCCUUCUGCCACCGCCUGCAUGAGAACUUUUCGUUGGACCUUCUCAAGACAGCCUUCGUUAACUGCUGUUACAUCCAAAGUGAGGAGGAGAGGCGCCGGCAGCUGGGGCUGGACAAGGAAGCGGUUGCUCUUCACCUCCAGGAUAACAGCAAGCUUAGUGAGCAGGGCUUGGCGUUCUCACGCUGCUACCUGACACGGUGCUUUGAAGCUGCCUACCCAGAUCUGCCUGCAGCAGGAACAGGAGCACUCGUUGAUUUCCUUACCAGUCAGGAGCUAGUUUCUUACGUGGCUCAAAACCUGUCCAUACAAGACCUGACGCUCUGCAGAGACUUUCCUGUCCCACCAGAUGUGCUGCGGAGGACGUUCUUUGCUGUGAUAGGAGCUCUGCUCGACAGCAGUGGGCCUGAGAAAACAGAGAUCUUUGUCAGGGAUUUUUUUAUUCCCCAAUUGAUUGGAAAAGACCUGUUUGAGAUGUGGGAAGUAAUAAAUCCUAUGGGCUUACUUGUGGAAGAACUGACCAAGAGGAACAUCUCUGCUCCAGAACCAAGAAUUACCAGACAGCUGGGAGCCAGCACAGUUCUGCCAGUGUACUUCGUUGGCUUGUACUGUGAUAAGAAGAUCAUAGCUGAAGGUCCUGGUGAAACACUGCUCGCUGCAGAGGAAGAGGCAGCCCGCGUGGCGCUGAGGAAGCUCUAUGGGUACACGGAGAACAGGAGACCCUGGGAUUACUCAAAACCCAAGACAGCACUGGUAGCUGUAAAGGCCAUCAGCAGUAACUAGAUGAUGAAAGACAUCUCUGUUUUCUCUUCAGAACUAGUGGCUUCUGUGCUUAUCAUGGAUGUAUUUAGGAAAACGGUUUUCUGGUGUUCAGUGCUUGAAAGUUUCAAAUCAAAUAUGGUAUUAAAAUGUUUUCUUUUGCA